AUGAAAUCCUCCGCCAUUGCCCUCGGCUUCUUUGCCGCCCUCACAACUGCCUACUCUCACCCUCGUCAUAUGCACUUCCGCCGCUUCAACGCCACUGUUCCCGCCGUCAGCUCUGCCAAAGCUGUGGCUAGCUCCUCCGAGGCUGCUGCCGUUGCCUCUUCUUCGGCCGUGGAUCUUUCCACUGGUGCUGGUGCUAUCUCUACCGGUGUUGCUCUCUCGACCGGCGUUCCUCUUUCGACUGGAGUCCCCCUUUCCACGGGAGUCCCUAGCUUCCUCGACUCCGUCAAUGCUACGACUACUGUCCCCGAGGCUCAGUCUCUCACCACAUUGACCGUCAUCGCCACUUCGAUCGAGACCGUCACUUCGUGUGCUGCCACUAUCACCAACUGCCCCGCCAAGACUGAGGAGCUUGCUGCCCUUCCCACCGAGGCUCUCGCUACUACUGUCGUCACCCGCACCGCUGUUCUUACCACCACCGUCUGCCCCGUGGCCGAUGCCUCCUCCAUCGCCUCCAGCGUUCUUGCUGAUGCUUCGAGCACCGGUAUCAGUAGCUCCGCCUUCUCCUCUGCUGCUCCCGCAACCGCAUCUGCUCCCGCAACCGCCUCUGGCGCGACCACCUCCGCUCCCAUCUUCAGCAACACCACCACUGCCGCGCCAGUCGCUGCCUCAUCCGGUCUCACCACCCUCACGGUGAUCGCUACCGAAGUUCAGACCAUCACUUCCUGCGCUGCUUCCAUCACCAACUGCCCCGCCAGGACCGAGGACCUCGCUACUCUUCCCACCGAGGCUCUCGCUACCACUGUCGUCACCCGCACCGCCGUCUUCGUCGUCGACAAGGCCUCCAGCACCGGCAUCAAGGUUACCGCCACCGCCGUUGAGACCGUUACCACCCCCAAGGCCAUCACCAUCACCAUGGGCAACGGCGACAACGGCGGUAACACUCGUGUCAUCACCACCACCGUCAUGUCCACCAUCAAGAACACCGUCGUCAAGACCAUCACCAUGACCAACCCCGUUGCCAUCUCUACUUCCGCCGCUGAAGCCAUUGGUGGUGGCAGCCCCGCCACUUCUGCUGCCGCUGGUGUUGAGGUCGACACCACCUCCACCAUGACCACCACCUCUACCGGCACCAGGACUAUCACCGUUGGUACUGGCGCUACCGUCACCUCUGUCUUUACCCAGCCUGCUUCUCCCAGCACUGGCUCUGGCAACGGCAACGGCAACGGCAACGGCAACGGCAACGGUUCCGGCUCCGACUCUGACUCCGGUGCUUGCCAAUGCCCCGCGGCCGUGACCGUAACCGCCGCCGGCGCCAACUGCCCCACCAACGCCGGUGCCGCCGCCGUUACCGUCACCGCUGCCCCUGUAACCGUCACUCUCCCCGCUUCCACCAUCUACGUGACCAUGACUGCUCCCGCGGCCGUCAACGAAGUCGUCGCUAGCUCCACCUCUGCCGCCGUCGCCACCACCACCACCGCUCUUGGUAACAGCGGCACCGAUCUCUCCGGCGGCGAGACUGGCUCCGGUAAUGAGGAGUCAUGCCCCCCUGACGAGGAGACCACUGGCGAGGACGGUACCGAGGGUGAUGAUGAGGAUGAGACUUGCACCGAUGAGGUCGUCACCGUGACUUCCACCGCUGGUGCCUCUGCUACCCUUGCGCCCUUCCCGGCUGGUAACAGCACGGUUCCCGCGGCGCCUACUGGCACUGCCGUGUUCCUUGAUGAGAUCUAA